AUGCCCGCCCCCGCCGCAACCCAAACCGCAACCUUAAACAAGUUCAUCGACGGCUGGAAAGGCUGGACGCCGGACGGCUUCCUGGCCAGCUGGUCCGACGACUGCGCGCAAGUGACUCUGCCAUUCAGCUCGGGGGUCCCGCCUCGCACCCGGGCCAUCACCGAGAAGCUCUUCCCCAAGCUCAUGUCCAUCCUGACCAACUUUCAGCUGACGGUACACAAUGUCAUCCAUGAACCCGCGGAGAGCAAAGCGGUCAUCUAUGCCAUCACGACGGCCGACUCGCCCUUCGGACCGUACAAGAACGAACACGCGUGUUUCGUGUGGUUUGAUGAAAGUGGCGAGUCCGUGAACCGGAUCGAGGAGAUGUUUGAUGGGGUGUUUAUGAAGGGCUUCUUGCCCAAGUUGGAGGCGUAUAUUAAGGGGCAGGAGGAGGCUUGA